AUGGUUACUUUCAUUUUACUAGGAACUAUUGUUUCGAAUGUAUGUGCAUAUAAAUCGUAUUCAAAACAUCAAUUAUGGCGUUUACAUGUUGAAAAUAAUGAACAAGUAGCUAAAUUAUUAGAAUUUAGUCGUAUAGCACAUUUACAUGAUAUUAAUUUUUGGUCAGAAGAAUUUCGUAUGAAUAUGCCAAUUGACAUUAGUAUACCACCUGAAGCAAUUGAUAGUUUUUCUGAAUAUUUAUCAUCAAAUGAUGAUAAAAUAAAAUAUGAUGUUGUCAUGAAUGAUAUUGGUGCAGUUAUUGAUCGACAAAAAUUAUUACAUAAAUUACGUCCAUCAACUUUUAAUGCUGAUGAUUUUGCUUAUGAUAAAUAUCAUACACUUGAAGAUAUACAUGCAUGGAUCGAUAAAAUGGUUCAAACUUAUCCAACAUUAGCUUCAACAUUUACCGUUGGUCAAUCGUAUGAAAAACGUGAUAUGAAAGGUUUAAAAAUAUCAUCAAGUAAACUAGCAACUAAACGUGAUGGUACUCCAGUAAAUCAGAAAAAAGCUGUCUGGUGGGAUGGAGGUAUUCAUGCUCGAGAAUGGAUUAGUCCAGCAACAAAUAUUUUUAUUGCUCAUACACUUUUAUCAAACUAUAGCAAAGAUCCAACAAUUACACAUUUAGUCGAUCAAUUUGAUUAUUAUAUUUUACCUGUAUUUAAUGUAGAUGGUUAUGCAUAUACAUGGUCAAAAGAUCGUUUAUGGCGUAAGACUCGAAGUAAAACAAUAAUUCCACUUUGUUUUGGUGCUGAUCCAAAUCGUAAUUGGGAUUAUAAAUGGUGUGAAGGUGGUGCUUCACGUGAUCCAUGUUCUGAUACAUAUUGUGGUGGUAAACCAUUUUCUGAAAUUGAAACCGUACAAGUUUCUAAAUUUAUUGGUGCUCAUAAUGAUACUAUUGUACAUUAUAUUAACUUUCAUUCAUAUUCACAAUUAUGGAUGACACCAUGGGGUUAUACAACAAAAAAACCAGAUCAAUUCAAAUUACAAGAUGAUGGUUCAGCUGCAGCUGUUGAUGCUCUUGGUGCUGUUUUUGGUACUCAGUAUGUACAUGGUAAUAUUGGCGCAACUAUCUAUGUUGCAUCUGGUAAUACAGUUGACUGGACAUCUGGUACAGCUAAUGUAACAUUUAGUUAUGCUGUUGAACUUCGUGAUACUGGUGAAUAUGGAUUUUUAUUACCAGAAGAUCAAAUUAUUCCAACUGGUCAAGAAACACUAGCUGGUGAAUUAGCUUUAUUGAAAUACAUCGAAGGACAUGUUUAUGCAUAA